UGAUUUGUCUUCGUUUUCGAUGACAUUUCAUUGAGGUUAUUGUUGUAGUGCAAGAACAGGGAAAUAUUUAUUUAAAAAAUCGUUAAUUUAGCAUCUAAGUUACUCAUAAAAUUAUGGGGGUUUUAAAGAAGACCACAGGUAUUAUGGGAUUAGCAGUUGCUCCCAACCCUCAUCAUACUCUUGGGGCACUUUAUGGAAAAAUUUUGCGAACCUUGAAAAAGAUGCCAGAAAAUGCAGCUUACAGAAAAUAUACUGAACAGAUUGUCCGUGAGAGAGCAGCAGUGUUACAGCAGACAAAGGAUACAUAUGAAUUGGAAAGUAAAAUUAACUGUGGCCAAGCUGAGGAACUUAUUGUACAAGCUGAAAAUGAGCUAAACCUGGCAAGAAAAAUGCUGAACUGGAAGCCAUGGGAACCUCUUGUAGCUAAGCCUCCUAAAGGCCAAUGGGACUGGCCUCCUGCUAAGGCUUAAAACAAAUUUUUUUUAAUAGUAAAUUGUUUAGUUCUCAUGUCUUAGUAAUGAAAAUAAAUAUUGAACUUGUGUCAACUAAAAAAUUGUACUAGGUUUUUUUUUUAUAUUAAUAGGCCUUUAAUCUUAGUAACUGUCCAAUAUCUUGCAAAAAAGCUAGUAAUUUGAUGUAUGAAAAUAAAAUACUUGAAUAAUUUA